AUAAUUUUAUUAAAGUCAUCAAAAUUUCUUGUAAAUUAGAAACCAAUAACACCUUUUUAGUCUCUUAGGAAUUGUUGACCAAACACUAAGUCUCUCACGAAUUAGUAAGAAUCUGUUGAAUAAAUUUUAUUAAAUUUUAAUUGAUUAAAUUUUAUCAGCAAAUUAGUCUUUUCAAAAUAAAUUUGGUCAACAGUCUUGAAUUAAUAAGAACCAAAUGUUUGGUUCCUUUCUCGGCCUGCCUGACCUUUAUAUAUUAACCUUUAUCUUAAAUGCUUCAAAAUCAAUAAACUCUCUCUCUUCUCUCUAUUGUUGAUAAAAAUGGAAGUGAGAGGUCCAGUGAUGUGGAUGUUCUUAAUGAGUUGCAUCUUUGGUCACAUAAUUACAAGUCAUAACAAUGUCUUCGUAGAAGCCAAGAGCUUUUCUAAAUUUGAAGAUUUAGAAAUCGAGAAGAGACUAAAGUCUAUCAACAAACCCGCUGUCAAGAUCAUCAAGACUAUAGAUGGAGAAAGAUACGGAUGUGUGGACUUCUUCAAGCAACCAGCAUUUGAUCAUCCUUCUAUGCAAAAUCACACAUACCAUUACAAGAUGCGUCCGAUAUGGAAAGGAAUGAGAGAAAGAAGGACAAACAAUACCGGUUUUGGUUACUUAUGGGAGAAUGGUGUGGGUUGUCCCAUUGGUACCGUCCCCAUACAAAGAGUCACUAAAGACGAUCUUCUGAGAUUGGACUCAUUUGGCGAUAAUCAUAAACCCCGAGGCUCUUGGAACACUACCACUGAUAAUUCUAAUAGUGUCCUCCAUAACGACAAACAUCAUUAUGCGGUGGCUCGGUCAUUAGACCCAACCCAGAGGUUCAAUGGAGCAACAAUGGAACUUUGUAUAACCGCUCCUAAGGUUAAGCCAGCCCAAUUCAGUGCUUCUCGACUUCACAUUCAGAUUGGAAAGGAUUUCAUCCAAACCGGUUUCACCGUAAAUCCAGCAUUGUACAAGGACAGCCAACCCCGGACUUUCGUCUAUACAAAUUCAGGUGGAAAAUCAUGUUACAAUAGCAACUGCAACGUUGGGAUGUUACUCGUUCGUCAAGAUUUCCCACUUGGUACGGCGUUGUUGCCAGUGUCUAUCCGCGGUGCUAAGAUAAGUCACUAUGGAAUCUUCGGUCUAAUCAAGGACGAAAAAAAUGGAAACUGGUGGUUGCAAUUUGGUGAUAAUGCGGAAGAAGUUGGAUUUUGGCCGUCGAGUAGGUUUCAUCAAAGCUCUGGAAAUUACGUCGAGUGGGGCGGAGAAGUGUACAGUGCAUACCUGCCGAGUCCUGAAAUGGGAUAUGGACAUUAUCCUGUUGAGGAUAUGCGUUACGAUGCAUAUAUCAAACGUAUAACCGUACUCGACGGUUUUAAUUACAUUGACCGCAGAGUGGCAUAUCUCGAAGAAUUCGCGGACAACGAUCGGGGCUACACAGUAAUUGACGACUACAGCACUCACAAAUACCCUAAGGCCGGUCAUAUAAUCUUUUUUGGUGGUCCGGGAAAUAUCUGAUAUGAUUAGUACUUUGCGGAAUGAAAAUUAAAACAUUACAUUGACUUGAUUAUACAAUAAAUAUCGCUUUUAUGGGUUUCUUCGAAACAAAGUCUUAAUAAAUUAAACAGAGAAUUUGUCCGAUAACUAUACAUAUGCACAAGACAUAGGAAAUGGCAUUGACAUAGGCUAAACGAAUCAAGUAGCCACUUGUGACGAUAUAGGCUAAACCUAAACGAAUCAAGUAACAAAGUACAACCAGUCGGAUCUUCUCUACUUUGGCUCAACU